UAUAGUUCAGAUUCCUUUGCAUUAUGAAAACUUAAUCUAAUGUCACAAUAAAAUUGUGAAAAUAGAGAUUGUUUACAAAAACUUGUUUUGUAUUUGUUUCACGGGUGCUAAAAUAAUGUCCCAACAACUAGAACUUCUCACUGAGAACUCCCACCAAUGGAUAACGGUAUCAUUUGUCACACCAGAAAUCCAGAAGAAAGAAAUCAAACCAUUUGUUAUUCUGGCACUCAAAGAGUUAGAAGGCAAACCUGAUGCCAGAACAUCAAGUCUGGUAAACGCUGAUAAGUUUGCUGCAGUUCGAGAGGUAGUCAGACACUUUGCUAGACUUAGAUCUGCGACUAAGGAAGCUUGGGGACAGGACGAUGUAUUGAAUUUCUUGGAGGGGCUAAGAUUUUCACCAGAAUGCGUUACAGAGCUUGCGUCUUUAUUGUGUGUUGACAAAAUAUACGAAAAUAUACCGACGCAUCUGAGAAUGAAGCCGGGACUGGCGAGUAUGCAGUGGAAAAUAGAUAUUUCGCUGAGGUAUACAUUAUUCAUAUCCCUUAAAUAAUUACAUUCUAUAAAAGCUUCUUUAAAAAUGAUAAAAGAC